AUGGAGCAACCUAACUUCCACCAUCAACCUGCUCAAAGCAACCUCCCUCAUGGAAAGAGCGAUCUCCAUGCCUUUAUUCAAGAACAACGAGAAUUUCAAAGGAAACAAGACAAUUACAUAGCAACCAUUGUCGAAACUUUAUCUCAUUUGACUCUUUCUCCUUCAAACACUCAAAAUACCCAUCAAGCUUCUACCUCUAGCGGUCUACCUUCUCAACCUCAACCAAACCCAAAGGGAAGCAUUAAUGCUAUCACCCUUAGGAGUGGUACCAAGUUAAAUGAAGUUAGUCUCGAGCCUACAAGUUUGAGCAAGGAACCCCACAAUAAAGAAAUAGAAGAAGAAGUAGAGGUGAUUGGAGAUGAGAAGGAAAAUAUUGCAAGAGACGAGGAGGAACUAUUAAAGGUCAAGGAGCCCAAAAGGAAGAACCCUCUUGAAGAGCCUACACCAAUUUCUUUUCCAAGGUUGGCUACAAAGGCUAAGAAGCAUGAAGACCUUGACCCCAAUGUGGUGGAGAUUUUCAAGAAUGUGAAAGUUACCGUUCCUCUUUCUCAAGCCAUCAAACAAAAAAAUGAUUCCGGUCAUUGUUUGGUAACUUGUGUGAUUGGUGGAACGGAGUUCACGAAUUGCAUGUGUGAUUUGGGAGCUUGUGUGAGCAUUAUGCCCCUCCCUGUCUAUGAGAAGUUGAACUUGUCACCAUUGAAGAGGUCUGGAGUAAGAUUUGUGUUGGCGGACAAAAGUAUUGUGUCGGUUGUAGGAAUUGCGGAGAAUGUAUUGAUCAAUAUCCAAGGGUUGCUAUUUCCGGUGGAUUUUCACAUUUUAGAGACCCCUCUAAUUGAUUCGAACUGGCCAUCCUCUAUUCUCAUUGAGAGACCAUUUUUGAAGACAUCUCGAUUCAAGUUAGAUGCAUUUUCGGGAACUUACUCAUUCAAGGCCGAUGAGAAAAUGCGCUCUCUAUGCGCCUGCACAGAAGUAAGACACACGUACCUUCUUGAGCUUCUGAAGGAUGGCAAAGACGGCGGUGCGGAAAGAAUCGACAUCAUCACGGAGUUGGAUGACAUCACAGGUGGCAUGGGAGACUCAAAGGAGCGCGGCGGUGCUGUGUUCCUCGAGGGAGGCGAGGAUCUACUCGGAGAUCCUAUGGAUUUUCAUCAUUGUGAAAGAGUGAGAAGGAGUAAGGCACAAAAAAAGAAAGAGCAGGAGUACUCUUCUGUUUAA